CGUCCUUAAAUGGUUCCAUUUUAGAGUAUUUAAAGCACCCCAGUCUUACGCUUUCCUGCACCUCUUUUGUGUUUAUCUGGUCACAGCCGCGCCUCAUGUGGAUAAGUCUGCCUAAGUGUACUAAGGGAACGUGGGAUGUUUAUAUGGACAAGAACUUUUCCUUUGUUACUCAUUCCCAAAUCUCACGUCUGAAAGGAUCCCUGAGCUAACACUCAGGAGCGUGGGAGGCUACACGUGAUGCCUGUCGUGGGCCCACAACUUCCGCCUUUACGCAGCCACCCGCAGUGGGCCUCUGCUAGGAGGACAUGAGAUCGAGCACUUACUGGCUCUGAUGUAAAUUCACAAUGUUUGGGGACUUAUUUAAUGAAGACUUCUUUUUGUCAAGCAAUCAAUAUGGGAAGCCCAAGUUGAAAUUGAAAGAUGCUGAGCCACCAGUUCCUAGGGGAAACACCAAUUUAAGUGGCAUAAAAAAUCAGGGUGGAACCUGUUAUCUUAAUUCACUUCUUCAGACCUUGCUCUUUACACCUGAAUUUAGAGUCUAAGGACUAUAAAUGACAUAAGACUGAAAACUCCAAAGGCAUCAAUUUGAAAACACCAAAAGGAGUCCAGUUACGCAACAAAGGUUAAGAAAUGUUAAAACAUUUGCUCACCUGAAAGCAUUAUAUAACUGUGUGUUUGCAGAUCUGUUCUUGGCUUGGGUGUUAUGCCACAGCCCUGCCCAUUCCACACGCACCACUUGGAAGCCCCUGAACUCAGAAGGUUCUGAGUUUCCUGUGUCCUACUGGGCAUAUUUGCCUCCCUGUCCUCUGUCUUCGGUGACUUUGACUAGGUGGGAUUUUCAGCCCAUCCGCUGAAGGCACUUCAUGGGCAGAGGGAAGGAGACUGGUGGAGGCACGGAGAGAUUGUGUCCUGGCUAGGCUUGUCUCCUGGACUCUGUGUUCACUGGUCUGCCCGCAUUCCUUCUUCAAGUCACUUUUCUGAGGCAC